UAAAAUAACAACAACACAAGAUCACUUGUCAACAUUCAACACAACACAAAGAUCACUUCCUCUCUACCUCUGUCUCUUGUUCGAUUUCAUACCUUUGUCUGCUAAUUCCAAAAACAAUAAUGUUUCCAGAAAUCACCAUCGAUGUUAACGUCUUUCCGAGUCCACGCAAGUCUCCAUCAAAUAGAGUGGAGAUAUAUGUCAAGCUUGAGAGAGACGACACGUGUCAUGAUGCCCCUCCGUUCCCAAUCACGAUCAUAAACAACAUGGUUAGCUUUGAUCCACACAAGACCUCUUCUCUCCUCUAUUCAACCUUCCAAGACGAUCUCUUACGCAGUCGUCUCUGCGUCGAGAUGGCUUUAGCAUCCGAACAAGUUCCAGCGCCGUUUAACAUGUACCUUCACGGUACAGUGAGAUUCAUCGGAUCAUCUUCUUCUAGUUCUACUCAAGACAAUGAGACAUGUGCUAUUUGUUUGGAGGAUAUGUCAGAGGAUGUACAAGACUUUCAAGAGAUGCCGAAUUGUCCCCAUGUGUUUCAUGAUAACUGUAUCCACAAGUGGUUAAUUGAUAAUACUCUUUGCCCUCUCUGCCGCACUGUUAUUCUUGAAGAUGACGAUGACGACAACCAUCCCUACUACUCCUCCUAAACAGAGUCAUGAAGAUUUCUUUUUUAGGGUUUUUAGAUUAAGAAAGAUGGAUUCAUUCACACGUUUCUUUUGUUCGCCGCCUACUUGUAAUAAUCUUAUAAUCAAAGCUGUUACGCUAAAGAUUUGUUGACUUUCUAGAGAUAAUAUUGUAAUGAUUCGAUUUGUUGGAUUUUCUUGAGAUAAUAUUAUGAAUAUCUUAAUUUAGGUUAAUCUCUAAACUCAUAUUAGGUAUUUGGUUUUUCGAUUUCUUUGGGAACUUAUUUCCUUUUUUAAACGAUGUCUCUUUUGAUCUCUUUGUGAGACUUUUUCUUAUUGGGUACAUGCCUCAAGCUGAUGGAUCAUGCGGCUAGUGACAUUGUUACACUCGAGUUUUGAUAAUAAUGAUAAUAAACACAAUAACUAGAAGUUGUAAAGUAUUAAGUAAGACAUUCUGUCACAAUAACAUGAGAAGCGACUAGUUCUUAAAUCCAAGAAAGAAAACCGAAUCUACGUUUCAAAAGGUUGUAAGGGACUCUAGAAGAUAUCAAAACGAG